GGCCUAGUUGGGAGUUUCACGUUCCGCCAAGCUCACCAGCUCCUGCAAAUUAAUUAUCGUCGCCGUCGUCGUCCUCUCUCUCUCCCCCCCCCACCCCACAAAAUUAUUUCUCGUUGUUCCCCAAAUUUCACAUCGAUUCGCUGGGAUGUUGGAUUCGAUUAGGUGGAAAUUCUUGUGAGGCUGUUGAAAUUGCAGUAUGUUCUUGAGAUUUCGGAUACGUUAAGGGGAAAAAGAAAUAUCAGUGGUUGUAGGGCAAAUAGGGGCGGUGAAGAUUUGAUUGAGUGCUGCGAAAAUGUAUCGGUCUGUGGCAGCGACCACUACUCGUGGAGGGCCACCGACGGAUAGUGGAGAUCCUGUUGUGACACUUGAUCAAGUUCCGCGGUGGGGUGAUUCUGAGCAUAGGUAUUCCUAUGAGAAUGAAGACUUGGCCUUUCCAAAUUCAUACUUUCCCGACCCUUUAAUGUCUUCUUCUGAGGCAGAGAGUAGUGGGAAUGGGACGGUUUCAAGGUUUCCUGUUGAUCAUGAAAUCAACUUGAAGAUAUAUCUAUGGAGAGGGCAACCAUGGAACCUUGAGGUAGAUGCUGUUGUUAACUCAACAAAUGAGAACUUGGACGAGGCACACAGUACCCCUGGUUUGCAUGCUGCUGCUGGACCUGGUCUUGCAGAAGAAUGUGCCACUCUGGGUGGCUGCCGAACAGGGAUGGCAAAAGUUACUAAUGCAUAUGACCUUCCUGCAAGGAGGGUCAUACACACUGUUGGUCCCAAGUAUGCAGUGAAAUAUCAUACUGCUGCCGAGAAUGCUCUGAGUCAUUGCUAUCGGUCUUGCCUUGAACUCCUUAUUGAAAGUGGACUCCAAAGUAUUGCUAUGGGCUGUAUAUACACAGAGGCAAAAAAUUAUCCACGCGAACCAGCUGCUCAUGUGGCAAUAAGAACUGUUAGACGAUUUCUUGAGAAACAGAAAGAUAGAAUUAAUGCCGUUGUUUUUUGCACAACAUCAUCACCUGAUACUGAGAUAUAUAAAAGAUUGCUUCCGCUCUAUUUUCCUCGCGAUAAACAUGAGGAGGAGGUGGCCAUUUCGAAACUACCUGCAGAUGUUGGGGAUGAAAAUGGUGAGACAAUUAUUGAUGAACGUAAAAUCAGAAUAAAACCUUUGCCCAAUGUGAAGAACACUGUUCCUAGAUCUCCCCAAGUCUCUUUUGAUCUUCCUGUCAGUGACGUUGGGUUGGCAAGACGGAGCUCGUCAUAUUUGGAUUCAUAUUUGGAUCCUGCUUUUAUGUCCCUAAUUAAGGAUCCAGAUCAGCGACGACAGGAACAAUGGGAAAAAACGGCUCAAGCACAAAGUGGCUGGAACUGUGCUAAAAUGCUUGGAUAUGGUGACCUAGGGGGACCUCCAUUAUCUGCUGCUGAAGAAUACUCCCUCCAUUCUAGAUAUCUUGCAAAAGCGAACUCUCUUAAUCUUUCGGAAAUUGCAGAAAUGAAAAUUCUUUACCGAGGGGGGGUUGACAGUGAGGGUCGUCCAGUAAUGGUGGUUGUGGGAGCACAUUUUCUGCUAAGAUGUCUUGACCUGGAGCGGUUUGUGCUUUAUGUAGUAAAGGAGUUUGAACCCUUGAUCCAGAAGCCUUAUUCUAUCGUUUACUUGCACUCUGCAGCUUCUUUACAAAUGCAACCAGAUCUGGGAUGGAUGAGGAGAUUACAGCAAAUUCUUGGUCGGAAACACCAGCGUAAUCUUCAUGCCAUAUAUGUCCUCCACCCAACUUUUGGACUGAAGGCUGCAGUUUUUGGUUUGCAAUUGCUCGUUGAUAAUGUGGUGUGGAAAAAAGUGGUAUAUGUUGAUCGCCUUCUCCAAUUAUUCAGAUAUGUUCCUCGUGAGCAGCUGACCAUUCCUGACUUUGUGUUUCAACACGACUUAGAAGUGAAUGGAGGGAAGGGAAUUAUAGUAGAUCCAAGAACAAAAUACGUAUAUCAACGACCAUAGGCAUCAAAUUUGUGCAGUAAGGCAAGCAAUUUAUUGGUUUCCUUGGGAUUGGGAUAUCUUCAUUUUGUUCUGUUUUGCUGUCUCUGUAAAGAGUGAAUGGUGUUGGGAAUCGCUUGUUUCUCUAGAAUGGCUUCUAAUUUUCCAUAUUUUGUAAUAUUCAUGAGUUCAAUCUGUUUUAUUCGUUUGGAUGGAAAUUUUUUUUUUCCCUUUUUGUAAUUUGUUAUUUCUUGGACAAUUCAUUUAGAAUAAUUUAGUAUGCUGUAGGCUUUUGAUGAACCUUGUUAAUAAUAUCAUGGGUGGCUGUCAUGGACUCGUGGAAAAAGAUUGAUUCACAAUAUUUACUU